CGGGCGGCGGAUGACGAGCACGGCGCGGGGCGCGGCGAGCGGCGCGGCGGGCUGUGGGUCGGAGAGGCGCGGGCCGCACUUCCGCCCGGGUGUCAGUGGGUUGCGGGUUGGUUGCGGGCCGCGGGCGAGGUCGGCGGCGCUGCGGGUACCGCGUUCAGAGUCGGGCGAGCCUUCAGACUCCUGUGCCGGGGAGGCAGCCAGGGCCGUCAGCUCUGCGCAGAACCAGCCCCUCCGCGCCUCGUGGGCCCAGCAGAUUUCCAGUAUCCACACAGCUUCUACAUAAAUAUAGAUCAGAUGUGAUCCAGUAGGAGGCCCAAACCCCCAAACAGUGAUACCUGGUCACUGAAGGAUGAACGGGGAGGAAGAGUUCUUUGAUGCCGUCACAGGCUUUGAUUCUGAUAACUCUACAGGGGAGUUUUCAGAGGCAAAUAAAAUCAGUGGGAUGAUUGAUCUGAAUACCAGCAAAAGUGGGGAGAGACCACAAGAGAAUGGAAUUCAGAAACACAGGACAGCCCUUCCUGCCCCCAUGUUCACCAGAAGUGAUUUCAGCGUGUGGAGUAUCCUGAAAAAGUGCAUUGGUUUGGAGCUAUCCAAGAUCACAAUGCCAAUCGCCUUCAAUGAGCCACUGAGCUUCCUGCAACGAAUCACAGAGUACAUGGAGCAUGUGUACCUUAUCCACAAAGCCUCAAACCAGCCCCAGACCCUGGAGAGGAUGCAGUCUGUAGCUGCCUUUGCAGUCUCGGCAGUGGCUUCCCAGUGGGAGAGAACCGGCAAACCCUUUAACCCGCUCCUGGGGGAGACGUAUGAGCUGAUCAGGGAAGACUUGGGGUUCAGAUUUAUAUCUGAACAGGUCAGCCACCACCCUCCUAUUAGUGCAUUUUAUUCAGAAGGUCUCAACCAAGACUUCAUGUUCCACGGUUCCAUCUACCCAAAGCUGAAGUUUUGGGGCAAGAGUGUCGAGGCAGAGCCCCGGGGGACCAUCACACUGGAGCUUCUCAAACAUAAUGAAGCCUACACGUGGACCAACCCCACCUGCUGUGUGCACAACAUUAUCCUUGGGCAGCUAUGGAUCGAACAGUAUGGGGUAGUGGAGAUCCUAAACCACAGAACUGGAGAUAAGUGUGUCCUUCACUUCAAGCCCUGUGGACUAUUCGGAAAGGAACUUCACAGAGUGGAAGGGUACAUUCAAGACAAAAACAGGAAGAAGCUCUUCAUCAUUUACGGCAAGUGGACAGAAUGCUUGUGGGGCAUCGACCCUGUUUCAUACGAGUCCUUUAAGAAGCAUGAAAGGAGAAGUGAACACCCCAGGAAGGCCAAGAUGGAUGAUGGCCCUGAGAAAGCUAACAGUGAGAUGCCUGGUGAUACGACGGACAAUGUUCCUGUGACUCAGGAGACCGUGCAAGUCAUCCCUGGCAGUAAGCUACUCUGGAGGAUCAACAGCCGGCCCCCCAACUCAGCUCAGAUGUAUAACUUCACCAGCUUCACUGUGAGUCUCAAUGAGCUGGAGUCAGGCAUGGAGAAGACCCUGCCACCCACAGACUGCCGCCUCCGCCCUGACAUUCGUGGGAUGGAGAAUGGCAACAUGGAUCUGGCCAGCCAGGAGAAGGAGCGGCUGGAGGAAAAGCAGAGAGAGGCCCGAAAAGAACGCGCCAAAGAGGAGUCAGAGUGGCGGACCAGGUGGUUCUAUCCAGGCAAUAACCCCUACACAGGAACUCCUGACUGGCUGUACGCAGGGGAUUACUUUGAGCGUAAUUUCUCAGACUGCCCGGACAUCUACUAAGUAAGGCCUGGGAGCCCAGGAGGAGGCCCACGAGGUUGGACUCCUUGAGUAGCACUCUGAGCUCCAUGAUGGCAGAACCAGCUUCUCCAGCCACAAUCGUGGAGAGGGCCUCGAACCGGAAGGAGGACUUGUGUUAGCCUCUGCCCAACACUUUGCUAUGUCACAGCCCCUUCAAGAAGCUCCACAUGGGUCUUCACAUUCACUGAGGCCUCAGAAGAACUCCCCAAUCCUUUUCACACGUGACAGACGCGCACAAGGCCAGCUGAGCUGGCAGCACGCUCUGUUAAAAUGUGUAACUAAGGAGGAACCAGCAGGGCCUGUGCUCCUCUCAGAGCUGUGGUGUGGGGUCUGGAAGAGUUUCAAACCCAGACCCAAAGGAGGGCGUGGAUCCGCUUCGUUGUGGAGGACACCCACAGAAUGAAGGGACAAGUUGCCAGAUGUAUUUUCUACCAAUCAGAAUAAGGUAAAGAUUACUUUAGAAAAUAUUUAAACUACUUGAAUGUUCCGCUUAAGAGUAGCAAAUACAUUAAUCACCACUGUGUACUAUCCAAAAAGUGUCCCUAUGACAAGCCAGAGUGGCAGGAACACUGUGACUUGGAUGAGAAACCCCCAGGGCUGCUCCCCGCCUACCAGGAGGCCCUGCCUCUGGCCACAGCACUCCAUAGCUUCACCGUCACUGUGGGCCACUCCUGUGUUUGAGGGGUCAUUCCUUCACUCACCUCGCCUGUGUGUUCCCUCCUCCCUCCCCUGCAGUCUUGUGUUUGGUUUCCCCAGCAUGCAUGUUCCAGUCCAGGCAAGUCCCAUCCGGUUGUGUGCUGUGGGAGGUCAGAAGCAGGAUCUACUUAGCCUGGUGUCAUUAAAAUUGUUUAAACACAAGUAGGUGUGCCCAUCUCUGCACAUUCCUGUGAAGUGAGGGACUUUAUGUAGAAAUGGUGGCACCAAGGACCACAGUGGAGCUCUUUGCAUCAAAGACAAUCUGCUGUGUGCACAACCUGUGCUCUGGCACACAUGCACACUUGCGUGUUCUUCACUACAUCAGGCACUUCUGAAUGAGAAGGUAUUCUUACUAUGUCCAGGCUUCCAAACCAUCUCUGUCAUUAAAACACUUUAAAAGCCAA